AAUUUCAAACUUCUCGACUCGCCCCUCCCCGUCCGGCCGUCCCACCCACGCUUCCUCCCCCUCCGCGCCGCUCCUACAGGCUCUAACCAUGGCGGUCGCCACCGAGUCGCGCGGCAGCGAGGACAGGGCUUCAGCCCAUGCGAACCAGGAGAAGCGGUGGGUGCUGUCUGAUUUCGAGGUUGGGAAACCUCUUGGGAGGGGCAAGUUUGGCCAUGUUUAUCUUGCCAGAGAAAAAAGGAGUAGUGAGAUUGUGGCUUUGAAAGUUCUUUUCAAGAGCCAGCUCAAGCAAUCACAGGUUGAGCAUCAGCUGCGACGUGAAGUGGAGAUUCAGAGUCAUCUUCGUCAUCCUAAUAUUCUUCGCCUGUAUGGGUACUUCUAUGAUCAGACCAGGGUUUACCUAAUCCUGGAAUACGCUGCCAAGGGUGAACUGUAUAAGGAACUGACAAGGUGUAAACAUUUUUCAGAGCGACGCACAGCGACUUAUGUCGCUUCGUUGGCUAGAGCUUUGAUCUACCUUCAUGGCAAGCAUGUUAUCCAUCGGGACAUUAAACCAGAGAAUCUUUUAGUUGGAGUUCAGGGCGAGAUCAAAAUUGCCGACUUUGGCUGGUCUGUGCACACCUUCAACAGAAGACGGACUAUGUGCGGAACUCUGGAUUACCUGCCACCUGAAAUGGUGGAGAAGGCAGAACAUGAUUACCAUGUUGAUAUAUGGAGCCUUGGUGUUCUGUGCUAUGAGUUCCUUUACGGGGUCCCACCUUUCGAAGCUAAGGAGCACUCAGAAACCUACAGAAGGAUAGUGAAAGUCGACUUGAAGUUCCCACUGAAACCAUUCGUUUCACCUGCCGCAAAGGACUUGAUUUCUCAGAUGCUGGUCAAGAGCUCGGCGCAGCGGCUGCCUCUCCACAAGGUUCUUGAGCACCCGUGGAUCGUCCAGAACGCCGACCCUUCCGGCGUGUACAGAGAAGGUAGAUCCGUCUAAGCUUCUGUUGCAGUGUCGCCCGCCCCACCCCAAACUGUAUGGAUUAGCGACCCUGUUGAACAAUCUUCUUACUUGUCUCUCUCUAUAUAUGAAUAUGAAUGUACAUGUUCUAAGCCUCUCUGGCUCUCUGAAGAUUUUUGUAAUAUUCAAUAUGACAGCCCAUAUGAGCCU